CUUGCGAGCAACAGUUGAUGAUAUAGAGACUUCGACAUAAUUCUAAAGAAUUUUCGAGCACUGAAAAUGAAUUCUGGUCAAGGAGUUAUUUCGUGCUUUUUCAUUAUCAUUGCCUUGAACGCACUCCACUUGGCAAUGAGUCUAUAUGAACCUUUAUACGUAACAAAAUCACCAAUGGAAGAAAAAUAUUAUUUAAUAUUUGAUGUGAAACGCGACUCUCCAAACGGACCCUGCGUCAUAAGAUCUCCUGACCCUGAGGAUGAUAUACUAUUAGCAUGCCCAAAAGCUGAUUAUCCUGAUGCCCUCGAAAUACUAGGAGGUGUUGGAAAAAUGGCGAAUGUCGUUGAUUUUUGCCAGAUGUCCAUCGAAUCGCACGUUUUCAUGAGCAAAGAUAAAAAGAAAAACAGUGUAAUUGGAUUUUUGAUUUCUACACCAAAUAAACAACCAUCUAAUCCUUUCAAAGAUGUACCCGAAAACCAUUCUGUAUGCGGCUUGAUUUAUUUCAAAUUUGACUACAAGCUGAAUCGGAUCAGAUCUGUACGCUAUACGCUUACAGCUGGUAAACUUUUGACCUCCGAGAUCAAUGAAGAUAGGAACGUUGAAUACCAAAAGAAUAUAAAUAUUUUCAAAUACGAUAUCGACAAUUUAUAUGCUCUGGUUUGCAUUUCAAUUCUAUUUAUAUGA